AUGUUUGACAUGUCAGGCACACAAAGUGUACAGCCUGUGCAAAUCACAGAGCGGCAGGACUAUGAACGAGAGGUGUCGAAAGAUCCACGCAUGCCGGGGCCAUGGUUGGAGUUGAUAGCUCAUGUGCGUCGAGGUGGAUCAACUGACGACAUUCGUGAUGUGUAUGACCGUUUCUUUGAGUUCUUUCCUCAAGCAGCUGUACAAUGGAUUGAAUAUGUAAACUGGGAACUGUCUCAAUCGAACUUUAGUGAAGUCGAUGCGAUAUUUGUGCGCUGCUUGCGCACGACCCUCUCCGUGGAUUUGUGGAAAGUGUAUUUGGCAUACACACGACGGGUGAAUCCAUUGCCACCCUUUACGGCAGAGGAAAAUAGUCCGCGCGAUCAGACGAGGCAGGUCCUCGAAGAUGCAUACGAGUUUGCUCUCAAGUAUAUCGGCUGGGAUCGCGAAAGUGGCCCUAUAUGGCAGGAGUAUAUUCAGUUAAUCCGCGAACGAGAAGUGCGUGGUGCAUGGCAAGAAGGCCAACGAAUGGAUCAGCUGCGUCGCGUAUAUCAACGAGCUGUAUCCAUUCCGCUGGAUCAUGUUGAAGUUAUUUGGAAAGACUACGAUGCUUUUGAAAACUCACUCAAUAAGCUUACGGCUAAGAAAUUUCUAGGCGAGCAUUCGCCAGCAUAUAUGCAAGCGCGCACUGUUCUGCGUGAAAUGCGCCGACUCACAGAGUCAUUGUCGCGACCGGCCGUCCCAUCGCCGCCGGUAUGGAUCGCACCUCAGACCAAGAGGAAUACAAGUGCCGGCCAAGAACAGGAAUCUUAUGCAGCAUGGCGUGCAUAUUUGUCAUGGGAGCAGGCAAAUCCACUUGCUUAUGAUGAUCCAGUGACUCUGCAGUCACGAGUGCUUGCUGCCUACAAGAAAGCAACGAUGUGCGUUCGAUUCGACGCUGUGAUAUGGUACAUGGCAGCAAGCUUCUGCCGUAUGUCGCAGCGAGAGAACGAGAUGCUUGUAUGGCUGCGAGAUGGGAUUGAAGCGUGUCCUUGGAGUCUGCUUCUUCGUUUUUCGUAUGCGGAUGCAAGUACAUCCCUUGGUCGCCUCGCCGACGCGACUGCUGCGCUUGACGACCUUGUCCUAUACACGCAGCACCAAGUGGAUAUGCGAUUGAAUGCUUUGGCAGAGUUAAAGGCUCGUGUGGAUGCCGAGAUAUCGCGUCAACGUAAACAGCGGCUCGAAAAGCACGCCCAAGUAGAUUCGGCGCCUGACGAGGACGAUGGGGACAAGGUUGAGCUCGCAGAUAUUGAGCGACGAUUGCAAGAGGAGCGUAUGUCACAACAUCAGCAGCUUGAGCGCGAUGCGCAAGGCGAGCUGGAGGUGUGGCGCGCAGCUGUGAGUCAGGUAUGGAUCAAGUACAUGCAGUUUGUUCGGCGUACGGAAGGCAUCCGACCCACCAGGCAAGUAUUUUCGCGCGCACGGAAAUCAGCGCAUUGUUCCUGGCAGGUCUAUGAGGCGAAUGCCAUGCUCGAAUAUCACUGCUCAAAAGAGCCUCUUGUUGCUACAAAGGUGUUUGAACUGGCACUCAAAACAUACGGGGCGAACGAGGAACUCGUCGUGAGAUACUUGGACUUUUUGCUCUCGAUAAAUGAUGAUGCAAAUGCACGGGCGGUGCUUGAGCGGACCGUUAGCAGCAUGCCACCCGAGCGUGCCCGAAUCAUUUGGGACCGCUGGUCCGAUUACGAAUACAGCUAUGGCGAUGCCAAUGGAAUUGCACGUCUAGAAGCACGCAUGGCUGACAUGUAUCCCGAUCGGUCUGCAGCACAAUCGGCUGCAGACCGACUCAGGUAUGGCAGUCUCGAUUGGGUUCGGCUCCGGGACAUUGGCUUGGCUGCAUCAGUACCGUAUGUGGGAGCGACUUCUAUUGCACGCAUGCCAGGCAGGGACAUAAAUGCGCUUGAGAGUAUAAAAGCCGCAGUGAGCGGCGCUAAUACAGCUGCUGCACCAUCCACAGUAGCCAAUGCUGUGGCUGAUGCCGCGGGCCUGGUGGCACUUCCAGGCGCUGUAACAACUGCACCAGACUUGUUAUCUACAGAAGCAUGCACUUCUUCGAAUCCUGCUUCGGCGACCAAGACGGAUGUGCCAAACAAUAGCAGUGGCAGUGGCCGACAAACAAUGGAGGAUAUCCGGCGCUCACUAACGUCGACCGCUUCGGAUCCUGUAAAACGCACGCGCGGGAAAAACGAGACGGAUAAGUUAGCAAAGAAGGCUAGAGGCGGUCCUGAUGCACAGUCUCAUACGCGAAAAGGCGGCUCUCGUGAUACGCCGCCGCCACCCCCGAUGAUACCUGAUGCUAUCCUCUACUUUAUGAGCCUUCUGCCAAAUGCAUAUACAUAUGAUGGCCCACCUAUACCGCCUGAGGCCAUAACUGAAUGUCUUUUGCGCAGCUCGCUUCCAGUCAUGCCUUUGUGUGCUGAUGUGCGAAAAGUCGGCAAGCGGCGGACCUAA